UUUAUUGUAAAGAAAAAAUAAAAAUAAAAAUAAAAAUGAAAAGUCUGUUAUUGCCAGUUGCGACAGGCAUGGAGAAGCUCCGUGAGGGACGAGAUUAGAGAGACGUCUUAGUUUUGACUGAGCUUCCUUAGUCGGCAGCCGUCGUGUGUGUCUGUAUUGUUGAAAGAUAAUAGGAAUAUUGUAUAGUUGAAGAGUUGCUUGGUGGUGAAAAUGGGUUGCAUAAAUUCCAAGACUUCAGCUGUGGAUGACAGUAAGGUAGGUUUGACAAAGGAUUUGGCGUCAUCUAGCAAAAGGAAUUUUGUGAAGAAUGUUUCGAGAUCGGAUACGAAGAAAAGGGUUGAUGGAGUUUUGGAGAAAGAUAAGUUAUUGGAUGGUAUUGGCAGUAUGAAAGUUUCAUUGAUUGAGAAGGAAGCGGAUAAUGGGCCGGUGAGGUUGUAUGAUGAUCAUAAUGAGAAGAAAACAAGGAAAAUGGAGAAACCUGAAUUGGCUGCUGUUGUUGAUAAUCCGAGUCUUGGAGGAAGGGUUCCAAAGGCUUUAGAAGGCGAGCAAGUUGCAGCAGGAUGGCCAACUUGGCUUUCUUCUGUUGCUGGUGAAGCUAUCAAUGGGUGGUUGCCGCGGAGUGCAAGUACUUUUGAGAAGUAUGAUAAAAUUGGCCAAGGAACUUACAGCACUGUUUUUAAGGCACGUGAUUUGAUUAGCCAAAAGGUGGUUGCCUUGAAGCGGGUGCGUUUUGAUAAUCUUGAUCAUGAGAGUGUCAAGUUCAUGGCAAGGGAAAUCAUUUUUCUGCGUAGGCUUGACCAUCCAAAUGUAAUAAAGUUGGAGGGAUUGAUAACAUCGAAGAAUUCUCGCAGCUUGUACCUUGUUUUUGAAUACAUGGAACAUGAUCUUACAGGACUUGUAUCAGCACCUGGUAUCAAAUUUUCUGAACCACAGAUUAAAUGCUACAUGAAGCAGCUUCUUAGUGGAUUGGAUCAUUGCCAUAGUCGUGGUAUCCUCCACCGUGAUAUAAAGGGCUCAAAUCUUCUCAUUGACAAUAAGGGCAUUUUAAAGAUUGCAGAUUUCGGUUUGGCAAAUUUUUUUGACCCCAAUCGAAGUGCUCCAUUGACCAGCCGCGUAGUAACUUUAUGGUAUAGACCACCAGAACUUUUACUUGGAUCAUCAAAUUAUGGAGUUGCAGUGGAUAUGUGGAGCACUGGUUGCAUACUCGGCGAACUCUACUGCGGCAGGCCUAUAUUGCCUGGAAAAACAGAGGUUGAGCAAUUGCAUAGGAUUUUUAAACUUUGUGGAUCACCAUCUGUAGACUAUUGGCGUAAACUGCGGCUGCCCCAUUCUACAGCGUUCAGGCCUCCACACCAUUAUAGGAAUUGUGUUAAAGAUACAUUUAAAGAAGUUCCAUCUGCUGCUGUAAGGCUUAUGGAGACCCUACUCUCUUUAGAUCCUAGACUUCGAGGAACCGCAGCUACAGCUCUGAAGAACGAGUUCUUUUCAGCGGAACCCGUUGCUUGUGAUCCAUCAACUUUGCCAAAAUAUCCUCCCACCAAAGAGAUUGACGCUAAAAUGCGGGAAGAAUCGACAAGAAAGGAAGGAGCUCUUGGGGGGAAGGAACAAAAAGUUGGGUCACGAGUUAGACAAGAGAAAGAACCUCAGUCAUUUGUCUUACCCAAAGCCAAUGCUGUAUCUCACAUAUCAAUGCAGCAAGGGCAGCACUUUCCAAACAUGACAAGCCGGAAUGAAUCAUUCAACCCUCACAGAGAGCCUGCAUCUGGAUUUAUGGUUUUGCCACACAAACAGUCGGAAGAUGUUAAAGAAACGGCUAAUUAUUUCUCUGGGCCUCUUUAUCCGAGGUCUUCACAUUCAGGUUUACUGGUUCCAGGUUCCGGCCGGCACAAAAUUGGAAAAGAAGCCAGUGAGCGGCCGCUUCCUGUUUCAACUAAAGCCAACCUAUCGAAACCAUCUAGGACUUCGUUCUCCGGAAACCAAAAAGAAAAUCCAGCUCCUUGGAGGCCCCAAGAUACAAUUCAAGUACAAAAGUCUUUUGGGUUGAGUAGUGGAUCAGAGUCAAGAAAGCGGCAUGAUAAAAAACGCCAUUCAAAGAUAGCCGAUCUCAGCCAAACAGAAAAUGGAAAGGAUGGGAAUGUAUCCAGUGGAAACAAUCUAUAUAUGUCUGGUCCAUUACUGGUUUCGUCAAACAAUAUGGAUCAGAUGCUCAAAGAGCGUGAUAAGAAGUUGCAAGAAUAUUCAAGACGAGCCAGAAUUAAAUAGGUCUAAAGGUGAAAGUAUGAGCACAGCAGAAGUAGGACGAUUAGUAGUCAAUUACAUACUUAUUUUUAGUUAUACAGCUCCAUUUUUUUUUUUUAUUUAAAUUUUUUAAUGACAUUUUGUUUAUCUCUCAAAACUAGAGAGAUUGGGGGAGUGUGUGUGUAUUCAUGCACGCUCCUUCUUGUAAAUAAUAAUAAAUAGGCUUCUACAAUAGGAAUUUGCCGUUCCGUCCAUUCUUUAUGAUAUCCUUCUGUGUAAGUAAUCUAGUAGAAAAUUUACAUUACUA